AUGUGGGCCCCAAUAUAUAUCUCUGAAUUGGUCCCCACGCACGUACGUGCCCGAGCCGUGGGAUUAACCGUCGCAGGAGCAGGAGCGACUUCGGUCAUCGCUACCGUUGUUGUCUGGACUACAUCGAAGUACAACUCCCACUGGCAAUACUCUGCUCCGCUCGCCGUCCAAGCUGCAAUGCCGGUCACGUUCGCUAUUCUGUCUCUCUUUCUCACCGAGUCUCCAACUUGGCUGAUGUCUCGUGGGCGCCGCGAUGAUGCAAGACAGAGCCUCAUCCUCCUCCGGGGCGGCAAUAUCCCACAGGCUGAGAGUGAGCUGCGCGACAUUGACCUCGCCUUAUGCUUAGAGUCAGAAGGCGGCGAAGCCCUUCACUUUUGGGAGAUUCUUAACGGAGAAAAUAUUGAACGAACACUUACAGCCUCUGCUUUCAUCAGUCUGGGCCAAGUUGGCGGUCAAAUUCUCGUCGGCACAUACUCGACCGUCAUCCUCGUGCAGAGCGGUGUGGCGGACCCUUUUGAGAUCACUAUUAUUAUCUUCCUCCUCCAGUUCGUUGGUACUAUCGUAGGCCCCACGCUUCUUGAUAAGGUCGGCAGACGGCCGGUCGCUCUCGUCGGCUUCUUCCUCAUCCUUUUAAUCGACAUCGUCGCAGGCGUACUAGCAUGCGUGGGGUUGAAGACGCAGCCCCAGAAAACUGGUCUGGCUGCCUUGUGCAUCAUCCUCAGUUUUGUUAAUGCUGCGAGCUUCCAGUCCAUGUGA